AUGGUAGCGUCUGCAGCAGCUGUGUUAGCAGGGCAACACGAGGGUGGGUUAGAGAGGAGGCUCAUUAAGCGGGAAGAGGGCAAGGCACAGCAGUACGAGUGCAAAUACUGCCCCCUUGUCUUCUCUGGUGCCGCCAUCCGUUGCGCGCAACACCUGACGUCAUGGAAGAACAUGAAGCGCCGGGAGGUGACACUUUGCAAGAAUGCACCGGCUGAUGUUCGCCUCGCGAUGAAGUCCAUGUAUGAGAAGAAGGCCGCUGAUUCAGAGGAGAGGCGUAGAUCGACUGAGGCUGCGAUUGCCUCGGUGCACCCAAGCGGGAAGCGGUCCCGCAUAACCGACUAUCUCGAUGGUGAUGCAGCAGCGAAAAAGCGCGAUGCACAUCAGUCGCUGGCGCUGAUGUUUGCGGGAUGUCACAUCGCGGAGCAAAUCGUAGACCAUCCUCUCUUCGUCAACGCAAUGAGGGACGUCGCCCGCGCCGGCGACGGUUAUGUUCCUCCAGGGCGGAAGUACAUCGGCGGAACAGGUCUGCAAGCAUGCCGCCGUGGCAUCGAAAGCGGUUUGGUGGGCAUCAAAGCAAGCUGGAAAAAGACUGGAGUAACCGUCGCGUCCGACAUGAUGACGGACAGGGCCGGGAGGCCGCAGGCGAAUGUCUUCCUCGUUAACGACGCGGGCGCCGUGAUGCAUGUGUGCGUGGACCGCAACAUGGAGAAGAAGACGGGGGGUUAUAUUGCGGGGUUACUGAAGCCCGUGGUGGAGGAGGUGGGUGCGGAGAACAUCGUCGCCUUUUGUAUGGACGGGGGCUCCAACUACGCGGCUGCCUGCCGGCAGAUGAUUGCGGAAUGGCCCCACAUCCAGAUUGUCCCUUGUGCGACCCACAUCCUGGAUCUCCUCAUGGAGGAUGUGGGGAAGCUUGGGUGGGCGAAAAGGGUGGUGGAGCGGACUGGGGAAAUGAGUUCGUUCGUCCGCAACCACCACUGGACGCGGGGGUACUUGCGGACGCCGGAGCUGGUGGAGGGGACCGUGAAGCAGGCGCUGAAGCCAGCGGGGACUCGCUUCGGCACCCAGUAUAUAUCGGUGUCCCGUCUUUGUGCCCUUCGUAACACCCUUACGCAGAUGGUGCUCUCCGACCUGUGGAAAGCUUGGGCGGCGGGGGAUGCGGAUCGAAAGAAAGCAGCGGAUGGGUUUGCCGCGCUGGUACUCGAUGCGGCUUGGUGGAAGACCGCCGAGUUCUUCGUGAAGCUCAUGAAGCUCCCCUUCAUGGCAAUGCGGCAGACGGAUGGGGAAGCUAAGGGGAUGAUGGGGCGAAUGUACGACGUUAUGCUCCAACUUACCGAGGAUGUGGAGGCCAUUGUCGAGGCGGAUGAGGAGCAGCUGUCCAGCACCAACAAGCAGCAGAUCCGGAAAAUCCUGAAAGACAGGUGGGACGGGAGUCUUGCAUGCGCCAUGCACGUGGCGGGACGCAUCCUCAACCCCGCCAACCAAGAGGAGGACAUCUUCGGCGGGGAUGCGGAAUGCACAAGGGUGUUCAAGGCGUUCCUCACCAAACAUGCGGAGUUCCUCUCCAAUCGGGGGAAGGAGGGGGAUGAUGAGUGCGACUAUUUACUCGCAUUGGGGGACCAGCUGAGGUCUUUCCUUGACCUCAAAGGGAGUUUCGGGAUGCCUGAAGCCAUUGCACAGAGGGAGAAGGUAAAGGCGGGCACGUACAGCAUGGUUAAGUGGUGGCAGUGGAAUGGGACGGAUGCGCCGCAGCUGGCGACGCUCGCCGUAAGGAUUCUCUCGCAGCCCGUCUCGGCAUCUCCGUGUGAGCGUGGAUGGGCGAAGUGGGAAUCAGUCCACACUGCGCGGCGGAACCGUCUCGGAUCCGCUAAGUGCUCGGAUUUGGUGUACGUCACGCACAACUGGAACGUUGUGCGCGGAUGGCACACGCGCCAUGAUGUUAUGCCGGGAGUUGUGCGCGGGAAUGAGGUGGAGCCGCCAAUCCCCGCUGGCUACAAGAUCGCGGAAGAGAUGGAGGAGGAGGAAGGUGAGGACGAGGUCUUGGCGGACGAGUAUGAGUAG